UUACAUAAUACUUUUGUUUGUGUCGUGUAACUAAUCUUACGUUUAAAAUACAUUUUGAGGUAGCAUUUGCCAUCUUUUACCUCUAACUUGGUGGUUUCGUUUGAAAAUACUUUUCGCCUUACGGAAGCACGUCGUCAUGUAACCUCUGUCUGCCGAAUGACGUAACAGUUGUUGCAUUUAACGCUACUUAAGUGUCUGCGGUUAACUGCUAAGGGUUUUUUGAAGGCUAAAGUCAUGAAGAGAUCAAUAAAAGUAGCUUCUGGUGUGUUAUUGACAGUCAGUUUUGGCGCGUCAGAAUGUGUGGGAGAACGGCGUGCACGCUGGAGCCGGAAGAGCUCAGUCGCGCUUCUCGGUAUCGGGACCGGAGAGGAGAGCAACAUAGACCCCGGUGGAAGGAUGGAGACUCCGACAAAUACACACCCUCAUACAACAAGAGUCCUCAGUCCUUCAGCCCUGUCCUGCUGUCCAACAGACACUUCAACAAGGAUGCCCCUGUAGAUGAGUGUGUAUUGGCAGCUAUGCGCUGGGGUCUUGUCCCGGCUUGGUUCAAGGAAAGUGAUCCCAACAAAAUGCAGUACAGCACCUCUAACUGCCGCAGUGAGAGUCUUCUAGAAAAGAAGUCUUACAAGGAUCCUCUUCUGAAAGGACAGCGCUGCGUUGUUAUAGCUGAUGGCUUUUAUGAAUGGCGACGACAAGAGAAGAAACAGCCCUUUUUCAUUUAUUUCCCACAAAGCCAAGAAGAGGAAGUGCCUAGUCAACAUCGCACAAAAGAGGAGAAUUCUCAAAGUCUGGAGAGCGAUCAAGACAGUGAAUGGACAGGGUGGCGUUUGCUAACAAUUGCCGGACUCUUUGACAGUUGGACUCCUCCUGGUGGUGGAGAGACUCUCUACACAUACACAGUUAUUACUGUAGAUGCAUCACCAAAUAUUCAAAGCAUCCAUGACAGGAUGCCUGCUGUGCUGGACGGAGAGGAAGAAGUAAGACGGUGGUUGGACUUUGGAGAGGUGAAGUCACUGGAAGCCAUGAAAUUACUUCAGUCAAAGUCAUGCCUGACCUUUCAUCCCGUCUCGUCAUUGGUUAACAAUUCCCGCAACAAUUCUCUAGAAUGUUUGCAGCCUGUAAAUCCCACGAUAAAGAAGACCCCUCAACCUUCAGCCAGUAGUAAAAUGAUGAUGAGCUGGCUGAAGACUGCCUCGCCCACCAAGAGGAAGGAACCUGAUGAAGAUACUGCUGCUAAAGGACCUGAAGGAAAGCUUGAAUCAGAAAAGCAGACCAAGCCAUCUGGGCCUCUCCGGCAAUGGCUGCUGGGUACAGGUUCCCGUAAGAAACCAAGGACUUUGUAAUAAAAACAAAAGCAUUUGUAGAUUGUCAUGUCCUUCCUUAUUUAUAGUGGGCGAGCUUUCUUUUUUAUUCAAAUGAAGAUGUUGAAUGACAAAUGUCAUUACAAAAUACUCAGUGUGAACACUUCAGAAUGCUUUUGAUGUUGUUCCUUUCAUGAUUUAAUACAAUGCAAUAAAUAUUCACAGUUAGUUUUAGUGGAUGGAGUGCAUUUUUUUUAAACACAAACAUAAAUGGCAUGAAACCAUAAAUAAAUAUAAUUUAAAUAAAAAUUCAAUGUACAAAAGUUUUAUUCAACAGCUUCAUUUUAUUUCCAUUAUUACUUUGAAAUACAUUUACCUUCGACAAUGUAUAUGGGUUUCAAUAAAUGUCAUGAAUAAUUCAGUUUUA